AGUAAGCUGCAAAUUUCUACUCGCUACGCUUCGGAGGGUCUGUGUUCCCGUGGGUGUUGAUGCAGCUAGAUUCGCAUUCUUCCAGUCCGAUUGUACAUGGAGUUUUCCACAAGAUUCAUCUGCAGAGCUUUUAGCUUGUCCACUGAGUUGGGUUACCAGUGCUAAUCAAACAGCUCUCUCCGUUAAACUUCACAAAAGGUCGCAAGAAGUGUCAUGCCCAGCGGGCACAAGUUUUGACACUGCGACGGGAAGUUAAUUUUUUUCGGGUGAGCCGAUCCUUCGGAUUGAGGAGGGGCUCCUGAAGCCCAGGUGACAUUUGGCGCGCGCAUGCCAAGCAGCAAACGUUUCUUAAUCUCUGAGAGAGGAGGAGAGAAAGGAAGGUGCAGGUGCGUCCAUCUUCAGUCACGCUGCUGAACUGGCGACACGGGAAAUGGACUCCGCACACGAGGAACCGGAGCUUCCCUCCGCCAUCCAGGACCUUGUACAGCGUCUGGAAGGACAAGGCGAGCCUAUAACGGAGCUUCCCGAUUUAACCAAGCUAGUAUUUUGGGAGUUCUUUCCGCGGAGUGAAGCACCCUCGACAGUCAUAGGGUGGCGAAGCCAAGUGCGUCGUCGAGUGCUGGAGGCAAUCGGCAGCUGCAACACCUUUGAGAUUCUGGACGUGGGCAAUAUUUGUGGGGGAAAAAUAUCGAGGUUGACGCCAAGCGAGUGGGAGGUAGUUCUCAGAGGUUUCAGGUCGAGCACCGUUCUAGAAAAGAUAAAAGUUCAUGGGACAUACCUGGGUAGAUUUGCGGAUGAGGAGAGCUUGUGUUUCCAGCUGGGGAGAAUUCUGAAUUCCUCUAGCGUAACAGAGUUACAAGUGCGUGACGAAUUGAGUGCCAGAUGUCUCUCGAAUCUCGCCUCAGGUCUGCGAGGACGUUCCGAUUCUAAACUCAAGUCUUUAGAUUUAUUGGUAGCGUGGGAGGACUCGAGUGGGGUGAAGUAUGUGGCUGACAUGAUCAAUAGUGCUCCUCUAUUAGAAACGUUGCGUUUAGGCGUACGUUUAGGCGGCUGUUGGGAGUACAUGGAGGACGAGACCGUUGGAAUCCUGUCCCAGGCUUUGAUCCAGAGCUUGGCUUUGAAAGAAUUUACCUUAGACUGCGCGGGGAAGUUGGCAGGGCCCUUGUUGCUGAAAGCAUUGGCCGGAGACGAUCGCAACCGAUCCAUUGAACGUCUUCGGCUAAAGGAUAUGGAUGGACUCGGAGACUGUUUAAGGGAACUUCUUAUUUCCAACCCAUCAUUGAAGGAAGUGGAGCUCCACCCACUUCUCAUGGAGCCUGAGCAAGCGCACCAGCUCGGCGAAGCCAUACGUGACAAUGCCAUAGCGACUACUAUACUUGUUAGGUUUGAAUCCAGGUUUAGUUUUGAAUCCAGGUUUGAUGAAUACGGGGAGUCAGUGGAAGCUCUUGCUCGUUCUGCUAGCUCCGAAGUCAACGACCCCACUCUGGAGAUUACACUCCAUGUUGAUAGUGAAGACGAAGUGAUGUUAUCAUUAAACCUAUUAGGUAGGGUACUGAGAGGGGAAAUCACAUCUCUGAAAUCUCUGAGUAUAUCUAGGGGAGUGAUGGGAUAUAUUGGCACUUCAGGUAUGCUGUCGAUGAAUGGAAGAACUGGAGAAACUUGCGUCCUGAAGAGACUCCGAUUAAGUGCUCUAAGCGAAGAUGUUUGGAAGGGAGUAUGGAAGGACCUGCUUUUGUGCCUGCGAGGGAACACAAGUCUCACUCACUUGGAUUUGAGUGAGACCUGGCUGGACGAAGAGACGUUCAGGGACAUGAUGGGGCUACUCCAACAGAACUUGAGUCUCCAGGAAAUAAAUGUCUCAGAAACCUCAUGGGCUACAGACGGAAAGGCGGCGCUGAUUCAAGAGGCACUCAAGCAGAACGAGAAGCGGGCCGCCUACAUGUCCGUAUUUAGAGAAGCCGGAUUAGCAUUUGGAGAUGCAAAAGCCGGUCGACUCUUUCUAUGCGGCUCUCCUCUAGCAGGUAACACUCAAUUGCGUCAAACCUUGAUGAGGAUAGUUGAAGGCAAUAGUUGGCUUGGGAACAAAUGGAAGGAGUUGUUUAGAACUAAAGGUAUCGAAGUGGAGUAUUUGCAAAACAAUGACAAAAGGCAAAUUUCAAUCUGGGAUCUUGCGGGGCAAGAGAUUUUUCGUACCCUUCAAACUGUGCUCUUUCCUCAAUCCAACAAUUUUUGUGUUUUUUUAUUUGUGUAUAGCUCUUUUUGUGAGAACUCAUUUUCUAAGAAAAAAGACUCUUGUUUUCAGACGGAGUUGGAGGAAUGGAUGAGUUUUAUCACAUCCAGCUCUAGGGUCACUGGACAUAAUCGUCCGCAAGUUCUUGUUGUGAUUUCACACAAGGACAAAAUCAAAUCAAGCUCUUUGACUUGGGCUCACUCAAUAGUGAAAGAUGUCAAUCAAAGAUUUGCAAAAUUUGUGGAUCUUCAUCCAAUUCAAGAGUGUUUUCAUGUGGAUGCGAGAAAAAAGAAGCAAGUUAUAGAUCUCAAAGAUUAUAUUUUUGAGAUUUUUGACAAGUUGUUGAGUGAAAAAUCUCCACGGGUUCCCCAAUUGUGUUCCCAAAUCUCUUUCCGCUUGGUUAAAAAAAUCAAGAAGAACAGAAGUUGCCAUAUUUGGUUACGUCAAAAUUUUGUUGAAUUUUGUGAUCCCAUCUUGAAAGAGUUCAUUUCAUCCUCUUCAGCUUUUGCCAAUGAUCAUUCAAGGAUACUAAAUUCGAUAGUUUCUUAUUUGAAUGACGUUGGGUCCAUAGUUUAUAUUCCAACCCUUAGUUACAUCAUUGUAGAUCCAAACUGGCUCACUAAUACACUAUUGGGUGAGCUAGUAGCUCUAGGUCAAAAAUUUCAUGCUCAAGAGCACGAAAGUAAGUCGCAUUCCUCAUACUCCUGCAAGGACGGAUUUGUGAGCGAGAGUGUCUUUGUUGGAUUGAUAGAGGAGUUUCUGGGAAAGCUACCGCAUGGACAGAAAGGUGUGGACAGAGAUGUGAUUGAGAACAUCCUUAUCCAUUUAGAUUUGUGUUUCAAGGUGGAAGAUACUUCUCAGUUUUAUUUCAUUCCCUCCUUCAUACCUGAGCAUGCAAGCAUUGAAGUACAGAAGCCUCAAGAAUUGGCGCACGUGAAGCCGAAGGCUUGGAAACGUAGGGUUGAGACUUCAAAGUUUGUCGGCAUCCGGAUUCAAUGCCAAGAUGGAAAAACAAUGUCACUGACCGCUGCUUUUUUUCCACGCUUUGAGGUGAUUUUAAAGAUAGUGUUAGAAAAUUGAAUGCGUUGAGUUCUAAUUGUAACUUGUGUUUGAUGAAUGGAGUGUUCUCUUUUCAUUAGUAGAAUUUAAUUUUUGGCAUGCGCAGCUUAACAUUUACCAAAUUCUGUAUCAUUGUAGAUGUUCAUGAGACGCAAGUUGAUAUGCGAGAUGCAUAUUUCCAAGGAGACUGUGACCUGCUCUCGUCAUUAUAUGAAACUUUACCUAGAUGGGCACGAGAUAUAUCUGGAGCAAGAAACGUCCCGCAAUUACUUGGAUGUUUUGAUGUUAUGCUCGGAUCAUAAAUCAAGGGAGGCGGCGAUUAAAUACGUGAUGAAGCAUAUCGUCCAGGAGUUGAUAUCAUUUUGCGCAUCAUCGAAAGGUUGUCCCGGGGUGGCGUUAGUGCUUGGUGUGAUCCAAACACGUUGCGUGGAGAUGCUGAUUCCGAUUCAUCUCAGAGGAGCCAUUCUGAUCGAGGAGCUCAAAUCGGACUUCAUUCGUGACAUCAAUGACAAACUUGAGUAUAAUCCGUCGAAUAGGUUUCACUUGGUGAAGGAGGAAGAGUUGUUCAACUAUGAGCACCCUUGGCCCCCGAUUCGAGGGCACAUAACAGAGGUUAUACAAGAAAGAGCGAGGGAGUUGCUGUGGGAGAGCGAUGUGGAAGAGAUUGUGAAUGAGACCAUUCAGAAGCAAAUGCAACCAUUGGAGUCAUUUCAUCGAGACCACAGCCAACAAUUGAGAUCAUUGCAGCAAGGUGUAAACGAAGUGAACAAAGAUUUGAUUCACUUUUACCCUGAAAAUGAGAAAAUGGUUACUAUGAAAGACUCCAAUCGACGUUCAUCCAGUGGGGCGAGCACAAGUGAAUUUUGUGAAAUCCGACAUGCUUUGGAUGAAAUCCGACAUGCUUUGGGAAGGAUUGAAAGAAAGGUUGAUGGUGUUGAUGAAAGGAUAAGAUUAGGUCUGCAGGGAUUGCAGACGAAGAUGGAAGAGAUAAUCUCUCUGCAGCAACAACUGCAGUCAACUAUGAGUGAUUUUGUGUCUAAAGUAGAUAGGAUUAUCGGGUAUACUCAAUCGUUUCAGCAGACCAGAACCCCCAAGCGACAUUACAUUAGGUUAGAUGUUAACAUUUUGUAUAGGAUAAGUGCACAUUUGCAUGCCGGGAGAACCGUUAGAUUACACUUGAUGUGUGAGUCGGUGACUGAAAUUCACAUGGUCAAAGAUCAAGAAGGUUUGAAGAUACGCGUGGAUCUGGAUAAUCGUGAGUGGAUUAGCAAAACCAUUGAAAUUUCAUACAAAGUCUUGUAUUAUACUGCAAAGGCUGGACUGAGUAUGAAGUUUGGGUUGGGCCAAGCGAUUCCGGACUGGGCAGAUUUAAAAUCUGAUAUUGUUAAACUAGAUGGCAUUAGCGAUGGUGAUCGUAGUGCAGUUGUAAAAGCUGGGGAAAGCAAGGAGCUGACACAAGCAUGGUUGAGGAUUCAGAAACUUCUUGGGGAUAUUAACUAUGCGAAAAUCUUCAAGUUGUAUCAGGUGAAAUACGAGGGAGUAGAAUCAGGUGGGCAUGCAUGGGUGUGCGAGGAGUGCAUGAAAGAAGGUAUUAGAACUGGGAUUUUGUCGGGAAAUUGAAGAGGUUAGAAUGUCAUGAUGCAAAUGACAAGCAUAUGUUAAGACACUCAUGCAAUAUGAUCCUCUGCAAAAUCUUCCUUCAGAGUUUUCACUUGUACAAGU